AUGGACGCGAACCUGUACGAUGAGUUCGGAAACUACGUCGGCCCCGAGAUUGGAUCGUCGGACGACGACGACGACGACGACGCGAUGGACGAUGAUGACUUGAACGCGUCCGCGAUCACGCUCGCGGAGGAUAAAAAGUACUACCCGACCGCCGAGGAGGUGUACGGGGAGGGCACGGAGACGCUCGUGGAGAACGAAGACGCGCAGGCGCUCGAGACGCCCAUCGUGGCGCCGGUAAAGAGAUACGUGGGAGGAAGCGUGGGGGCGCAAGUGCAGUCGCAAGACGCGGAGGUCGCCAUGAAGGUGAGCGAGGAGUUCCUGGUGGGCUUGCACGGGGAGUCGCGAAGAAUGGGACGCAACGUGUGCGUGGCGGGACAUUUGCAUCACGGGAAAACGACGCUGUUUGACAUGCUGCUCGAGUGUUCGCACGACGUGAAUUAUGACUGGCUGGCGAACGAUAAGCAGCUGAGGUACACGGAUACGAGGAUGGAUGAGCAGGCGAGAGGGAUUUCGCUCAAGUCGACGCCGAUGACGCUGCCGUUGCAGACGAGUCGAGGGAAGACGAUGGUGUUUAACGUCAUGGAUACGCCAGGACACGUGAAUUUUAGCGAUGAAGUGACGGCAUCGAUGCGGUUGGCGGAUGGAGUGUUGCUUGUCGUCGAUGCGUGCGAAGGUGUUAUGACUUCGACGACGCGACAAAUCAAGCACGCGGCGCGAGACGGUUUGCCCGUGUGCGUCUUCAUAUCGAAGAUUGAUCGCUUGAUUGUCGAGCUCAAGCUUCCGCCCGCGGAUGCCUAUCACAAGCUCCGUCACACGAUCGAAGAAAUCAACGGCUUGAUCGAGACGUUUUACACACCAGACGCCGACGGAGCUCUGCCGACGGUGAGUCCGGAAAACGGCAAGGUUUGCUUUGGGAGCGCUUUGUACGGAUUUAGUUUCACCUUAGAAUCGUUCGCCAAACUCUACGUCGAUGUGAACGGCGUGUUAGUCGAUCAUAAGGAGUUCGCAAAGAGGAUGUGGGGCGAUGUGUAUUAUCACGGCGAUACGCGGAUGUUCAAGAAGAAGCCACCGCCGGGCGGCGGCGAGCGCACCUUCGUGCAGUUCAUCCUCGAACCGUUGUACAAAGUUUUCAGCCAAGUUGUCGGUGAAACUAUUGACAGCGUGUCUGAUAAGUUGAAGGAAUUUGGCAUCAAACUGAAGCCAAAGGAGACGAAAGCAAACACGAAGCCGCUGCUCAAGAUGACGUGCCAGAAGAUUUUCGGCGCCGCGUCUGGGCUGGCGGAUAUGCUCGCCGCACACAUCCCGACGGCGGAAGAAGGCGCGGCUAUGAAGAUUGAGCGCGCUUACAGCGGCCCGGUAAAGAACGGUGGCAAACUCGUCGAUGCAAUGCGGGCGUGUGACCCGGACGCACCAGCCGUGGUGAUGGUUUCCAAACUCAUCCCAAAAAGCGAUUGCUCGGCGUUCGACGCGCUCGGUCGCGUGAUGUGCGGGACGCUUAGGAAGAACGAUCGCGUUCGUGUUCUCGGCGAAAACUUCUCCCCAGAUGACGAAGAAGACAGCGUGGUGAAGAAUGUGACGAAUAUGUGGAUAUAUGAAGCGCGUUAUCGUAUUCCCAUCAAGGAAGCGCGCGCGGGCGCUUGGGUCCUCAUCGAAGGCAUAGACCAAAGCAUCACCACAACUGCCACGUUGGUACCGGAGAAGAUGCCGAAAGGGUACGACGACGACUUGUACGCUUUCAAACCGUUAGAGUUCGAUAACAAAUCGGUGAUGAAGAUCGCUGCGGAGCCUCUCAACCCGAGCGACUUGCCGAAAAUGGUUGAAGGUUUACGCAAGAUUACCAAAUCCUACCCCGCCUGCGUGACCAAGGUUGAGGAAAGCGGCGAACACACAAUCAUGGGCACGGGGGAGUUGUUUUUAGAUAGCGUAAUGAAGGAUCUCCGAGAAAUGUACAGCGAAAUCGAGGUCAAGGUGAGUGAUCCUGUGGUUUGCUUUAACGAAACCGUCGUGGAGACGAGCUCGCUCAAGUGCUACGCGGAGACGCCGAACAAAAAGAACAAACUCACGAUGAUCGCCGAGCCCCUCGACAAGGGACUUGCGCGAGAUAUCGAGACCGGCAAAGUCAAUUUGAGUGCGCCGAAGAAACAGGUGAGCGAUUUCUUCAAGUCAGAGUACGAGUGGGACGCGCUCGCUGCGAAGAGUGUCUGGGCGUUUGGCCCCGACGCGGCCGGCCCCAACGCGUUGUUGGACGACACUUUGCCGUCCGAAGUCGACAAAGGAUUGCUUGCGGCGAUUCGUGACUCCGUUGUACAAGGAUUCCAGUGGGGCACGCGCGAGGGUCCGCUGUGCGAUGAGCCUAUCCGCGAGGUCAAGUUCAAAAUUUUAGACGCCGUCGUCGCCGACGCCCCGCUUCAGCGAGGGGGCGGGCAAAUCAUCCCCACCGCGCGUCGCUGCGCGUACAGCGCCUUCCUCAUGGCCACUCCGCGAUUGAUGGAGCCCAUUUACGAAGUUGAGAUCCAAUCUCCCGCCGAUUGCAUGAGCGCCAUCUACACCGUGCUCAGUAAACGUCGCGGACACGUCGUCAGCGAUGCCCCAAAACCUGGCACCCCCGUGUACACCGUCAAGGCGCUCAUCCCCGCCAUCGAAACCUUUGGUUUCGAGACCGACCUGCGCUACCACACCCAAGGCCAAGCCUUCGGUCAGUCCUACUUCGACCACUGGGCCGUCGUUCCGGGCGAUCCUCUCGACAAGACCGUCGUGUUGCGUCCCCUCGAACCCGCCCCCGUCCCUCACCUCGCUCGCGAGUUCAUGGUCAAGACGCGUCGUCGCAAGGGCAUGUCCGAAGACGUCACCGUGAGUAAAUUCUUCGACGACGAUUUGCUCAUCGAGCUCGCGCAGGCCGACACCGAGCUCGCGGGUCUAUUUUAG